AUGUCCGACCGCGAACAUGAUAUACCCCGCGAGGAAGAUGAGCGCCGCUACGACGAUGAUCGUCUCGAGGACCGACUAGAUGACCCCGUUGACGACCGCACCGACAGAGCACCCGAGGGUGAGCAAAACGACGAGGAAAUUGACGCAAUGAAGCGCCGAGUUCUCGAGAUGGAGGAAGAAGCCGCGAAGUUGCGCCAAAUGCAACAGAGUUCCGACAUGGAACGCCACGACCUACGCGAAAACAGAGAGGACGUUGACGCGCGAAGCGUCUUCGUAGGAAACGUGGAUUACGAAGCAUCGCCCGAGGAGAUACAGGCGCACUUCCAAGAGUGUGGCAGCAUUAAUCGCGUUACCAUUCUACUGGACAAGUUCACGGGGCAUCCUAAAGGGUAUGCGUAUGUGGAGUUCACUGAACCCAAUCUCGUCGAGCAGGCGCUCGUUCUAAACGACAGCAUAUUCCGCGGCCGCAACCUCAAGGUUGUACCAAAGCGCACCAACCUACCCGGCAUGUCUCGGGGGCGUGGCGGUCGUGGUGGAGGUGGGCGCGGCGGAGGAGGCUACGGCGGUCGCGGCUCUCCCUAUGGCGGACGCGGCGGUGGCGGCGGCGGCUACGGUCCUCCUCGAGGCGGCGGCUACCGGGGUGGAUACCGCCCCAGGGCAUCCGGAUACCGUCCCUACUAG